UGGAAGGAGCGAGUCUACUUCAGUCUGGGCUACGGUUGAAGUUUAACAGAAAUGGCAGUUAAGCCAGUUGAACGGGUUCCUGAAACAUCCCAAAAGAUUUUCUGUUGCCCCUGGCUUUGCCUGAAAAGGAUAGCUUUAGUGUACUUGAAGACCGAGUUCAUCUAUUUUAAACCUCAGUAAAAAUGGCAGGCUGUAAGCACUAAAGAGGAAAAGGCAGCACUAUGUUAAAAAACAAAACAGAUAGAUAGAUAGAUCUUCUGCAUGCAAAAAAAAAAAGUCUGUAUGUGUAGCGCCCAGUAAACAAGCAGGCCCACCCAUUUAUUUUUCUCUCCCCUCCAGAGGAACAGGCAGUGUCUCUCUAGUUUGGGUUUUAAUCUGUACACCAAGCAUUCCGGGCUACAACCUGCUCCCUGUUGGGAAAGUCUCCCUCCAUGUGCAAGAACACCUACAUUACCUGGGACCCCCCCCCAGCACUGCUCCCCCACACUGCCGAAUCCACAGAGCAGAGGCUGCCUGGCGAGAGCGAGAGCGUCCCAGCUCAGUUAAUUGAAGUUCUGCCUCUUUCCUGCUAAACUUUUCCCCCAGUCUGCCUCCGCCAGCCCCCUGGUCUGAUUACAUCUAGUAAUUCUCCACUGAAUGAACGUCAUUUACAAUAGUGGAGGAGCUCUGAGCUCGCUGCUGCUUCACGCUCCAUUUGUCCUCCAUUCUCCCUUUAAAGUACUCGUGUAAUAUUAAUAGUCAUGAAUAUCAAUUAUUAUGAGGCGGUGUAGGCAAGCGGAGGGAGGAAGGGGCGCCCGAGCAGUCUGAGCCCAGCUUCGGGUGGAAGAGGACUGUUUCUGGGGCCCCAAAGAACCGGCAGAAGAAAAAGAGGCCAAAAAAAAAAAAAAAAAAAAAAGACGGUGAGAGACAGAUGAUCAGUGCUGCUUGUCUGUGACAGGCACCUCCAAUCUUCUUGGAGGGGGAUUUUUCUUUUUCUUUUUUUGAUGGCUUGUGCUGGGAAUAUCUCAAGCUCGGCUCCUGUGUCCAGCUUGCUUCUCUGCUGGACUUUUUGAUUUUUGAAAAUUCAUUGUUUGAUUUUGAGCAGUAACCAGGCUUUUUUUUCCAGAUGUUAGUCCACACCUAUUCAUCCAUGGACCGGCACGAUGGCGUCCCAAGCCAUAGCUCGAGACUCUCUCAACUGGGCUCUGUGUCCCAAGGACCCUACUCGAGUGCCCCGCCGUUGUCCCACACACCAUCAUCGGACUUCCAGCCACCCUACUUCCCGCCCCCCUAUCAGCCGCUACCCUACCACCAGAGUCAAGACCCCUACUCUCACGUCAACGACCCCUAUUCCCUGAACCCUCUGCAUCAGCCCCAGCAGCACCCCUGGGGUCAACGACAGCGCCAAGAAGUAGGUUCAGAAGCCGGCUCUCUCCUGCCCCAGCCCAGGGCGGCCUUGCCCCAGCUCUCGGGCCUUGACCCGCGAAGGGACUACCACUCUGUGCGCCGGCCAGACGUGUUACUACAUUCGGCACACCACGGCCUGGACGCCGGCAUGGGCGACAGCCUUUCGUUGCACGGUCUUGGACAUCCCGGCAUGGAAGAUGUGCAGUCAGUUGAAGAUGCCAAUAACAGCGGCAUGAACCUAUUGGACCAGUCAGUCAUUAAAAAAGUUCCUGUCCCUCCCAAAUCUGUGACUUCUCUAAUGAUGAAUAAAGAUGGCUUCUUGGGAGGAAUGUCAGUCAACACCGGCGAGGUAUUUUGCUCAGUCCCAGGCCGUUUAUCUCUACUCAGUUCAACUUCAAAAUACAAAGUGACUGUGGGAGAAGUUCAGAGACGGCUCUCGCCCCCUGAAUGCCUCAAUGCGUCUCUCCUUGGCGGCGUCCUCAGAAGAGCCAAAUCGAAAAAUGGGGGGAGAUCCUUGAGAGAAAGGCUAGAAAAAAUCGGUUUGAAUUUACCCGCGGGCAGGCGCAAAGCAGCAAAUGUCACCUUACUCACCUCCCUGGUGGAAGGGGAAGCUGUUCACUUAGCUCGGGAUUUUGGGUAUAUUUGCGAAACAGAGUUUCCUGCUAAAGCUGUGUCCGAGUACCUGAACAGACAACACACAGACCCCAGUGACCUGCACUCCAGAAAAAAUAUGCUGCUGGCCACCAAGCAACUUUGUAAAGAAUUUACGGAUCUGCUGGCGCAGGACCGGACGCCGAUCGGGAACAGCCGGCCCAGCCCCAUUCUGGAGCCCGGCAUCCAAAGCUGCCUCACGCACUUCAGUCUCAUCACGCACGGCUUCGGCGCCCCGGCCAUUUGCGCUGCGCUCACGGCCCUGCAGAACUAUCUCACCGAGGCGCUCAAAGGCAUGGACAAGAUGUUCUUGAACAACACCACUAACAGGCACACGUCUGGGGAAGGCCCAGCUUUACCCGCAUGGUUUAUGAGCUUCUUCAAAGAAGACUCGGGCUUCCUACACAAUCUAUAAGGUACUGAGAAAAAAAAAUCCGGUCCUUUUAAAGUCAAAGCCUGUGUGUCAGAAUUCGGCAGGGUCACCUCUUUAAAGAAGCUCAAAGGGAAUCAUUUAGGAAGUGGCCAGUGUCUUGGGGGUGGAGGGGACAGCUUUGAAUUUCUUGCUUACACACAUCACCACGGAAAUUCCCGCAGGGGUGGGGCACUGCACAAUGCCUUUUAAGGGAGUAAGGCUUCCUGGGAACCUAUAUUUUAACAGCAUUGUCUUCACUGAAAAAUGAACUCCAUUUUCUUGCUCUUUGGGGACCGUUGCUCCAAUGCAGACAGAAGCAGCAUUGCCAAUGUUAAUUGGGAAAGGCAGUCUACAAACCACCGUGAGCUUCAUGAAUGAAGCCGGUUCCCAUCUCAGAACACACCUAUUUUGGCACAAAAAAUGGUUAGCUCCACCACCACCACCUCCACCAGCACCUCCAUCACCACCACCAAGCAAAGUCAAAAGGGCUUGUCUUUCAGCUUUGAAUUCCUGUCUGCAUGUACUGGGGAAUAUUCCCAGUGGAUGAGGUUCCAUGUGUUUGAUGCAACCCACUUCUCUCCCUCUAGCUUCUUACUCAUACUCUUAUCUUAGCCUUACCACGAGAUAAGUCCUGCACCUUUAGCCAGAGCAGUGAGAUCUGAGUAUGUGCUUCCUGAGAUAGAUACACCCCUUUAGUGUGGGUACACUUGUUUCUUUUCAACAAGCUGGGCCGGAUUUUUGCAAAGUCCAUUGGGAUACAAUUUCAGGUGCCUUCUGUGGUUUACAGAUAGCUAACUUCCAUCACCCCAAAUGAUCUAGACCCUCAGUUUCCCCAUCCUUCUCCAACACACCUUAAAGUAAGGGAAGGAGCUUAGUUUUAGGGACCCUGUGAGGGCUUUGCUCAGAGGGUUUUAUUUGAGGGAAAGGAAAGUCACACCCUGGGUUUUAGGUCACUGGAGGUUGUAAGCAACAAUUGAGAUCAGGCAACAAACACCCCAUCUCCCAUCUCUAGCUGCCUGAGUCCCGUUGGUUUCAGCAUAGAGCCCUAGACAAGCCAAAUGGAGUCCAACGAUGUGCACUAUAGACUCGCAUCUUUCCCCAGUUUAGAAGCCUGCCCCUUUUGUCCGAGGGCCUGAGGCCUGCAUUAGUUGAAUUCUGAUUGCACAAGGCCAGCAGAAAACACACUGAAAAACAUCGUCUCCUUUCCUUGCAGGGCAACGCGCCCCACGCGUGUGACAUCGAGAGACGCGAUGGAUGCGCCUUGCUCUUACUGUGCAGGCCCUGGGAACAUGUGGGCCACUGGAGCCCAGAGGUGUUGAGGACAUAGAUUCAGCAGCUGCUGGGGUCUGGAGCCACAUGGGCUCUUCCUGCUCUUGGUCUCACCCUAAGGGCUAAGGCAACUUAGAAAAUCCAGUUCCCGAGUAGGUAAAAGGGCCAUGCUCCACUGGCUGCUGGGGAGAAGGGGUCCCAAAGCUCUGUAAAGUUCUUUUCCGGCUAGCCUGCACUCCUGGCCCUACUCUCACAGACAUCGUGGCCUGGAAAUGUUCACGGAAUUUGAAACUUCCAAGUGUUCUUUUCUACCAGGAAGGAGACCUUUUCUCCCCUCACUCUCUUGAAGUAUGGGCAAACUGUGGUACUUGGGUAGGUAGGCUCCCUUAGAUGCCCUGCAGUCUGUAUGAGCUAAGGUCCGUCUCCCCUCGCCUCCGCCUCUGGGAGUGAGUCGGUUCUGCCUUUUUUUUUUUUUUUUUUCUUUUUCACGUCGGACCUCCAACCCCUUGCUUUCCUUAACCAGGCCAGCUACGUUUAUCUGAUAAUUGAGUUAUUAAAAGAUUUGGUUUCCUUGGGCUUAUAAAUCAAUAAACAGUAGGAUUAACACAAGAGUUUGCCUUUUAAGUCAAGGAAAAUGGUUAAGGCCAGACCCUUUGAGUUCUGUUUUCAAACCAAACAGGUGAUUUGCAGUCCCCUCCUCUUCCCCUGCACUCUCUAGACGUUUUAUGCCCCUACUAAGCCCUGGGGUCCCAAACUAAAACAGCUCAAGACUGAAGAGUAAGCCUGUGGCAGUCGAGUUCCCUGGAGGGUCUUCUAGCCCCUCUUAGGAAAUCCCGCCUUCUCCUACUUGCAUUCUGGGUUUCAUGGAGUUUGUUCCCAGGUGAGAAGGCCUUCUUUAGGGACCUUUAACUUCCACUGCAACUAGGAAGUAACUUUCUUCUCUCCGUUUCCCCGACUUACCUUGCAUUUUCUUCUAGCUUUCUCCACCCCCCACCACCCCAUAUAAAGAGCCCAAGAGGCUUUCAAAGAUCCGACUUUUGUUUUCAUUGGCCAAAGAAAUCACUUUCUCAUAGGCUAUUAUUUCAUAUCCUGUGAAAACUUUGGUCGAAUGGAAAAGCCCAUUCACUUUUAUCUACAAGUCCCUCACUUAUCUACAUACUUCUUCCAGUGGGUACAAGACCCACCCCUAGUUAGAGAAUUGAGUCAUCACACCUGAUAUCCUGUACUUGCAAUACAUUAUCAAAAGGAAAUGAUGACCUUAAGCCACCCAACCAAGCCUCAAGAGCUCCGACAGACAGUGUUUCCCUUCUUUGAUGGUGUGCAUUAAAUUAUUGGUGAAAGGAAAGAGAAGUAGUGAAAUUCGUUCAUUUUCUUCAAGGGAAAAACAAAACAACAGAGUGAACACCAUUCUUUAAAUGUCACAAUUGAUUCCCCCUUUGAGUUGGUCUCUAAUUCAAUUCACUAUCAUUGUUUUUACUACCCAGUCAAGAAAUACCAACUGCUUCUUCUUUAAGAGCACUCUGGAGGGUAUCCGUGUUAAGUUUGUAUAUAUUUAUUUAUGCUUAAUUUAAUGGGAAUGUGUAAAUAUGAUGAGCAAGUAGUUUGGGAUUAUUUAUCUGUGAAUCUAUACCUCUGUGAAUGGGUGGUUAAAAAAAAACCGCUUGACCCUAGGUAGAAUCCUAUCUGAAUUUUUCUGUUCUUUAUAGACAAGCUGUUAUGGUAUUGGGUAGAAAUUGGUUUAUUGUCCAGUGUUAAUCUGAUUUACAUAAAUAAAAAGAUUGUUGUGUUUU